AUGCUUUAUUAUAGUACGAAUACAGACACUGUAGUGUCCCGCGCCAGUUUUGUAACGCCAGCGCCGCCACCUCUGUCCACCAUACGCACGUCAGCCUCGCCCGCUUCACCAGCGACCACGCCAAGCUCGGCGCAGUUCGUGUCCCCCCGUGCACCACCAGUCGUCACCGUCGCCAACGCUGCAAGCAUCGCCAGGGACUCCACCCUCAUCGAACUCCUCAAGAAAGGCAACACAAAGGUCGUCAAAAGAUCAGCUUCAGAUCCUGGACAAUCAUCACCGCAACAAGAAUUCACCUUCCGACCAGAACUAUUCGGAGUGUCAUUCAAUUCAGACGAUGGCUACUUUUCGCCCGCUCUAAAUGAAGAAGCCUUCCAAUUUGCGACUACACCUGAGCAGCUAGAAGAACUGGCCUCACUAGAAGACUACGCGACAGUAGCGGCGUCGAUAAGAGAACGAUCGCCAGUCCCGUUCCCAUCGAGUCGACGGUUGGCGGCCGUGUUAAAUUCGCCUCUUCCAGAAUCUUUGGCUGAUUUUGGAGCUUGCCAUGGAGGAUCACCGGUUCCAUCUCCGGGAAUUGGAUAUACGGCAAAUUCGCCAGGAUUAUCAUACUCUACAGGGGACUCUCCGGGAUUGGCGUAUACAGCCGCCUCACCUGGAGGAACGUAUUCGGCACCUGAGCCUUCACCAGGCUUUGCAUACCCAACGCCACCUGCCUCCCACGAUGCUCACUCACCAGCUCAUUCAGCGCCUCGGGCUUCGUCACCGUUAUCAGCCGCAUUUUUCACAGCGACUAUGUCUAGUCAAGAAGAAGUUGAAGAAGCGUUAGAAGAAGUGCUCCCCGAAGAAUGUCGGUCGCUAGACGCAUACACUUUAGAACCAUCUCCUACGCCUCGCCGCAUAAUGCUGAACUCUGAAGAUCCUCUACUAUCCAGUAGCCCACGAGACUUCUCGCACCAGCGACCUUUGAGGCGGCAUCAACGUAUCACCUCUACUGUAUCGUCAAUGGAUCAGUGGCAGCACGAUACAUCUUUACAAGUAAGUUCCAUCCAUUUAAAUACGUUGCUAUAA